CUGGGUGGAAAAUGAAGGGGACAUUAAUUUUCGCUGUUGCGUUGGCGGUGGCGUGUGCCUUGCCGACCGAGAACCAGGAAAAGAAUGAUCCCGAAGGAUCUGGAUACAGGAAUCACAAACUAUUGUCCAUGACACCAACAACAAAACAACAGUUAGAGGCGUUAGAACAAGUUGAAAGUGGCAUCGAAGGGUCUGAUUUCUGGAUAGAUCCCCUCCUCAACCACCAGGCCGUUUUUAGAAUUUCUCCAGAUAAGUUUAAUGAUGUCAUGGGCAUUCUUAAAAAUGCUGGAGGUCAUCCAAAUGUUCUUCACGAAGACGUACAAGAAAUGAUGGAUACUCCUGAACCACAAACACAAAGUAGAGCUGCAACAACCCAGUACAUUGUUAAUAAUGCACAAUAUCACAGUUAUGCUACCAUUCAGAAUUAUUUGAACACAUUUAAAAGUACUUAUCCCAGUCUGGUACCAGAUGUUGGUGUUACGCCUCAUAAAACACAUGAUAAUAGAGAUGUUUCUUACAUAACUCUUUCAACCAAUGGAAUAGGUUCUACCAAACAGGCUAUCUUUAUGGAAUGCGGUAUACAUGCAAGAGAAUGGAUAAGUCCAGCCGUUUGUCUUUACUUUAUAGAUCGGUUAUUGGCAAACUACAACAGUGAGAGUACAGCCACAGAGUUAUUAAACCAGUUUGAUUGGGUUAUUGUUCCUGCAGCCAACCCAGACGGUUAUGAAUAUACCCGUUCUAGUACGAGUAAUAGACUGUGGCGUAAAAAUAGACGAAGGUUUACAACUGGCAACUGUAAUGGUUAUUAUGGUGUAGAUUUAAACAGAAACUUUGAUGCCAUGUGGGGAACAACUGGUGUGAGUUCUUCUUGUACUGCUGAUACCUACCCUGGAACUGGUGCCUUUUCUGAACCCGAAUCCAUGAAUAUUCGUGACAAAGUAAAUGAAAUCAAAGACCGUCUUAGUGCUUUUAUUUCAAUUCAUUCCUACUCACAGAUGAUUUUGACACCGUAUGGAUUUGAUGGUACUAAACCUUCUAACACCGGUCAUAUUACCUCAGUAUCUAAUGCUGCAAGAGAUAAACUAUAUAAUGUGCAUAAUAAAUAUUUCACAGUUGGGACACCAGGAGAACUUUUAUACCACGCCUCUGGAGGAUCUUAUGAUUGGUCAAUAGUUGGUGCAGGGGUUAGUUUUGCUGUGACCUAUGAACUUCGACCUGCUGGGAGCGACUGGGCUACUGGAUUCAGACUGCCUGCAAAUCAGAUUUUACCAAGUGGUGAAGAGAUGUGGGAAUCGCUUGCUCAUAUUGCACUUAACCAUUAAG